AUGAACAGCUGCGUAUAACAAUUAACAAGUCAAACUUGAAACCAAAAGAAUUUAUUCUCGAGAGUUUAUUGCGAGCCUUUUGUGGCCUAUACGCAGCGAGAAUCAUAAGCGAAAGGGAAAAAGCAAGACGACAUAGCUGACUGGCUUGAAGCAAUCUCUCUCUUCUCCUCAACAAUGGCUUCUGCUUCCUUGUACAACCCCUUGACGUCCCUCUGCUACUCCAAAUCGGAGCUCCGUUCGGACAAUCGGGUCCCGAAACAGCCUCGGGUGGCCCCUGCGCCUCUGAGCCCCAGCCAGUCUCAGUCCGGGAAGCUCUCUUUCUCUGUAGCCUGCAAAGCCGUGUCUGUGAAGCCUCAAAAAACUGAGACAGAACGCCUCAACAUUGCUGAAGAUGUGACUCAGCUUAUAGGGAAGACACCAAUGGUAUACCUGAAUAAUAUUGUAAAGGGAACUGCUGCAAACAUUGCUGCUAAGCUUGAGACCAUGGAACCAUGUGCUAGUGUCAAAGACAGGAUAGGUUACAGUAUGAUAGCUGAUGCUGAGCAAAAAGGGGUUAUUAUUCCCGGGAAGAGCGUUCUGGUGGAGCCAACAAGUGGAAACACUGGCAUUGGUCUUGCAUUUAUAGCUGCCUCAAAAGGAUAUAGACUCAUAUUGACUAUGCCAGCUUCAAUGAGCAUGGAAAGAAGGGUUCUUUUAAAAGCAUUUGGAGCAGAGGUUGUACUAACUGAUCCAGCUAAAGGCAUGAAAGGAGCAGUUGAAAAAGCUGAAGAGAUUUUGAAUAAAACACCGAAUGCUUACAUGCUUCAACAAUUUGACAAUCCUGCAAAUCCUAAGAUACACUAUGAAACUACUGGUCCAGAGAUUUGGGAAGAUACAAGAGGCAAGGUGGAUAUCUUUAUUGCGGGAAUUGGAACUGGUGGAACCAUUUCUGGGGUUGGCAGGUUCCUUAAAGAGAAAAAUCCUAGAAUAAAGGUUAUUGGUGUGGAACCUUUGGAAAGCAAUAUUCUAUCGGGUGGAAAGCCUGGUCCUCACAAAAUUCAAGGGAUUGGAGCUGGUUUUAUACCCAGAAAUUUGCAUCAAGAUGUGGUUGAUGAAAUAGUCGAGAUAUCAAGUGGUGAAGCUGUUGAAACGGCAAAGAAGUUGGCACUCGAGGAAGGCUUAUUGGUGGGAAUUUCUUCUGGAGCGGCUGCCGCUGCUGCAAUAAGGGUUGGAAAGCGAGCUGAGAAUGCAGGAAAGCUUAUUGCGGUGUGUAUUUCUUCUCUGGUAUUACAAUUUGAGUUCGAAAGUAAUACAAAACUACAAAUGACACUGAAGUUCUAUGGUUCCAUCCAUUCUUGGAUGCCAACUGUUAAGAAGCUAUGUAGGACUUUGGGUAGAAAUUGGGGGGAAAAUGCAUCUUUGGUAUAUUAGCCAUAGAUGUUCCAUCAUCCUUUUUUACAUUUUUCUUCUUCUGUUCUUCGUUUUUAAUGAAUUCCUUUGCUCUCAUUCAAAAAAUUGAUAUGCUUGAGCCAACCAUAUUUGAAACUACUCUUGAUAAUCAGUAUAGCUAGAAAGCAAUAUGAGUUCCUGCAUCUGCAGUUCAAGUUAUUAUCUUGAACAUCUUUUGUUGUGUUCGGACACUUGCAGGUUGUAUUCCCCAGCUUCGGCGAACGAUACCUCUCCUCAGUUCUUUUCCAGUCAAUUCGUGAAGAAUGUGAGAAAAUGCAACCUGUUCAGUGAAAAUCCUUCUACCCAGAGAAAUCUCUGAGACACAAAUUGUUGGAGAAAAAAAAUUCUUUUGGUGAUCAAACAAACAUCACUGGUUCUUAUUAUAGCUUUUCUUCCUUUUCCCUCUGAUAUCUGUACAUACAUUUUGCUCUUUUUAUCCUCCAGGUUUGCCUGUAGGAUGCAUGGUGGUCUAACAUUCUCCAUUCAUGACUGGUUUCUUCCUAUUUGAAAGUUCAUAAUUUUAUUGCUGAAAUUUUCAGUA